UGUAAAACAUCUCAUAUGGCGCAUAGUUAUUCGCUCGCCCCAUAUAUUUUCUCGUUUACGCGGAGUCUUUAUCGAGUUUGAUUCGCGAUAAGCUGCGCCAUGCCGUCGGUAAUCUUAUCAAUGAGUGAUAAUAGUUGUAGUUGUCAGUGAGUUACGGGCGCCGCGCUCCGAUGGUCCUUGUCCGCGACAGGUAACUCCUGAUUCCCGUCCGUUUGCGCAAUCUGUGGCCAUGAAACAGAAACAUUUCUUCUUGCUCUUGUUGGGAAUUCUUGCGGCUAACGUUGCGGCCGCGCAAAAUGGAGAGUUACACAUACCUCUGGAGAGUGAUAAUCAAUUUCCUCCAGAAGAACAUGCAGAAACAGUCGACAGCCCUAUAGAAGGCAGCGGCGAUGGAGUUGUUAGUGAACCAGCGGACACGACCACCGAAAUUCACCUGAUACCGAAAAUAGAAGACGUAAAAUCACCAGUGCUCUUAGACAAUGAAACGGAAUCUUCAACUUCCGAAUCGAGCAUUUCUCCGACACCUGAAACAGUCGAUGCUUGUCCAAAACCGUGUGUAUGCAAUAUAGAAGGCGCCACUAAUAACUUCAUCGUGGAUUGUUCAGGCUAUGGACUGACGGAGUUUCCAAAACUUUUAGAUCCAAAAACUACCACCUUGAACUUGCAGAAUAAUAAGCUCACUGAGAUUCCCAAGGAAAUAUCAGCCUUGAAAAACUUAAAAGUGCUAAACGCGAAUAACAAUCAGAUAAUGGAAUUGGCACCUGGUUCAGUCAGCGAGCUUCCUCAGUUAGUCACACUGAAGCUCGCCAACAAUCGGCUUAUUGAAUACCCUAGAGAUUUGAAGAAUAGUCUUGUCCUAACUAAAUUAGAAGAAUUGGACUUGGGAGGAAACGACAUGAGAACUAACCUGGGAACUGAAGUAUUUUUACAAUUUAAAGCUUUAAAAAAAUUAACUCUAGCGACAUCCACUCCAGAACUACUGGAUGGACUUUGUGCAGCUUACAAGGAAACUUUAGAGACCGUGUGCACUGGAAGUUGUGACACGAAAACAUAUGACUGUCCGGAUACGCCUCAAAAUAUAGAAGAAGAUUUAAUUGAAGCCACAUUGCCUGGAAUGAUCGCUUUUAAUGUGGGAGUCGUAGACGGUGAUGAUGAUCCUAAUAUUGAAAAUCCAAACAAUGAUGCCAAUGCCACUACGGAGAAACCAGCGGAAAUGCCAGUAUCGUCUCAAACGACAGGUACAUCGAGUGUCGCCGAGUCCACCACUACUACGCAAAAAACUCAACCCGCUGGAGAAUUUUCAUUACGUGCAGCAGUGAACAAAGAACCAGCCGAACAGGUGGUUUCUAAUUCUAUUGUUGAAAAACCAAAGGAAGACGCUAAAGCGACUACAAGCGCGACAGAAGUUAAAAUAGGGGCCAAAACUGAAAGCAGUAAGACUGGUGGUGUCGAUAAAAGCGUGAUUGGAAUAAUUGUAGCCGGCAUGAUCAUCGUUGUAGCUGUUGUAACUAUAAAAAAGAACUGGAGUUCGAUCAGAAAACGUUUCGGCUCAUCGCCUAGACCACCGAAUAAUCGAACCGAAGCUACUACGAACGGCACAUCACCGGAGGAAGUUCCGUUACAGGACAAGUCUCCUGUUUAAGUAACCCAGUAUACUGUAUGAUAUUUGUAUAAAUGGUUUCGAUCUGAUUGAUGUCAUUUGAACUUGGACAACAUAUUUCACAGAAAGACGAAAUUAUUAAAAUGUGAUUACGUCAUAAUCACAUUUUAAUGACGUUAUAUUUGUAGAGUGAUAUAUGCGAGGUAAAAAAACUAGAAUAAGAUUUACUAAGGUAGCAUAAAAUAUGUAAAUAAAUGUAUACAGUAAUGCUUCAAUAAUAU